AUGAACACGACAAGAAUGAACAAGAUCAUGAUGAUGUCCGUUAUGGUCAUGAUUCUUGUACUGAAUCAUCUUUCCUUCACGAAAGCUCUUCAUUUGGGAAUUCAUUCGACAUCUUCAACCACUUCCUCUGAGUUGAAUCGAAAAGCAAUCAAGACAGAGGAAAUUCCAACUCGGCUCGCUCAACUCUAUGCUCCUUCUUCCUCCAAACAUGUGAAUACAGAACAAGCUUCCAUUUUAACACUUGAAGAAACAGCACAAUUAGGAUAUGUUUACCUCUCUCAAGGACAAACCUAUUCUGGAGUUUUAACACCAAGUGAUAAUGUUCGAUAUUUUACAUUAAACAUCCCUUCUGCAUCCUCUGGAGACAUUUCCAUCAACUCCAAAAACAUCUAUUCGGGAUCUAUUUAUUUCUCAUUCGAUACUCCACCCACAACUACUUAUUACUAUUAUUACACAACAUUUGGUUCCAGCACUCAAAACAUUAGAAUUGUCAAUACUUUUUCAUUCUCUAAAACAUUAUACAUUAUGGUCAAAAAUCCAAGUAUUGAGAAUACUUUGAGUUAUACCAUGAAAGUGUCUUCAUUCAAUAGCAGCAUGCUAACUCUCGGAGGAUUGAUUGGAAUUAUCAUUGGAAGUGGGGCAGGAUGUUUUUGUUGUUUGUUGACAUGUCUGGCGUUGAUUGCUGUGGUGAGGAUUUCACAAAAAAAACGAAAACAACGAAUGGCACAAAUGCAACAAGUGACAACAACAAACACAAACGCAAGCAAUCCAAUGAUUUCUCCAGCUCAACAACAAUAUCAUCAACCAUUUUUGGAAGAAGGUCAUGGAGUUCCUGGAACUACAAGUUCUCAACAACAAUAUUAUGCUUUGAAUAAUUAA